UGUCCCUCGGACACAGCGCAUCACCGAUCACACGGAAAGAGCCGAAGAUGUCAGCUUGGUCAUGUGAUCAGCUGUGUCCAAUCACAGCUGAUCACAUGGGACAUCUACACUGAUCAUCAGAGCUACUGAUGUCAGUGCCCAUCAGUGCCACCUGUCAUCAGUGCCACCAGUGCCCAUCAGUGCACAUCAAUGCCACAUAUAAGUGCCCAUCUGAGCUGCCUUUCAGUGUCACCCAUCAGUGCCAGUCAAUGCUGCCACCUAUCAGUGCUGCCAAUCAGUGCCACCUAACAGUGCCCGUCAGUGCCACCUAUCAGUGCCAUAUAUGAGUGCUGCCUUUCAGUGCACAUCAGUGAUGCCUGUCAAUGCCCAUCAGUG